UGUGAGUCAUUAUCGUUGCUUGUUGAAACAUGAGUCUCUUUCUCUCUCUCUAUCCUUUCAUUGAAUCUCAACACAUUUUCUGUGACAAAAAGGCUCAAAUUAUCGAUAUCCGCAUUCGUCUAUGAAGCUUUAAAACUUGUCCUCUUUAUAUACAUACAUAUAUUACCCUUUUCAACGCCCUUGUUUUCCAGCUUAUUUGAUCAGGGCUUUUGUAAAGAAUGCCUACCUGAGCUAGGACUUUUUUCAAGAACAUCUAAUGAGUACUAGGACUUAGUCCAAGAAUGUCUGGUGAAUGCUAGGACUAAAUCCAGAGAUUACCUAGCCGUGCUAAGGUUUACAGACAAAAUGCCUAGCAAGUGCUAGGUCUUAUUCCAAAGAGUGCCUAACUGAGUUAGGACUUAUACAUGGAAUGCCUAAUCAAGCUAGGUCUUAUUCCAAUCCAAAGAAUGCCUAGCUAAGCUAAGGCUUUUUUGCCUGUGUCCCUCGUCCUUCGAAGAGACGCAAUUUUGCUUGGUUUGACUGAGAUAAUCCUCACUUUGUCACUUCCAUGCCGGCCAACAUAGUUGUUCAAUUCCAUCCCGGUGAUUUUUCUUGACAUGCUUGACAACUUAUCUAGCCAUGGGGUAACCUAUCUAGCCGGGGAGUAGCCAAUCUUGUCGUGUUUGGGUCCAUUUGACCGUGCUUGGGCCUAUCAAGCUGCAUUCCAGCAUAUCUAGCCUUGUAUCAGCCUAUCAGCGGCACUUCGGCAUAUCUAGUUAUGCUCCGUUAUGUUGAGCGACAUUCUGGCAUAUCCAGCUGUGUCCGGUGGCCCAUCUAACACACGGUGGUCUAUCCAGCCAUGUCUAGUGGCCCAUCCCACAAGGUGGUCAAUCCAGUCGUGUUUGGUGGCCUAUCCAACCAAAGUGCAAUGAGGAGAACAACAUAUCAUAAUGUUUCGUCACGAGGCCACGACCUAUGGCCUAUCAGGAAGGCCCUUACAUUGUCUGAUGUGGAUAUCACUCAUCCAUUUCUCACUCUACCUCGCCAACCAGUUGAAGACCAUAUUGUUGUGCAUUUGACACCGCAAGACCGGGACCAUUUGAGAAAUGUAGAGCACGUGAGUGUUAAUGCCCAAGAUGAUGAUACUGGCGGCAUGUAUGUGAUGAAGCUAAAGUGGCGUGGGAGUUAUUAUAAUCUAAUUGGAAAAUGGGGCAAAAUUGUUCGAGGAAAGGGGCUUGAUGUAGGGAGGGAAAUUAAAAUACGAUGGGCUAAUGGAUGCUUACACUUCUCCGUUUCACCACAGCAAAAUGUUGUAAUACCACAAAUGCAGAUUGUUGCAGCACCACAAGAGCCACAACAAUGGCCUAUUACGAAGGUUCUGACAUUGUCUGAUGUGGAUAUCAACCACCCAUUCCUCCCUUUGCCUCGCCGACCAGUUGAAGAUCACAUUCUUGUGUAUUUGACACCACAAGAACGAGAACUGCUGAGAAAUGAAGAACAAGUUAAUGUGAAUGCUCUAGAUUAUGAUACCGGUGAACUAUAUGUAAUGAAGUUGAAGUGGCGUGGAAAUUAUUAUAACCUUAUUGGGAAAUGGGGAAAAAUCAUUCGACGGAAGGGACUUGGUGUUGGGAAAGAGAUCAAAAUACGGUGGGCCAACAAAUGCUUACACUUCUCAGUCCCACAAGAGCAGAAUUCUGCAGCGCCCGUAGUGCUGGAUCAAUGGCCUAUUAAGAAGGCCUUAACAUUGUCUGAUGUGGAUACAAAUCAUCCAUUCCUUACUUUACCGGGAAAAUCAGUUGAAGAUCAUAUUCUCUUGCACUGGACGCAACAAACACGUGAAAAGCUGAGAAAUGAACGGCAACUUAAUAUCGAUGCUCAAGAUUUUGAUACUGGUGAUUUUUAUGCAAUGAAGUUGAGGUGGCGUGGGAGUUAUUACAAUCUUAUUGGCAAAUGGGGAAAAAUUAUUCGAGGGAAGAGACUUAGUGUUGGAAAAGAGAUUAGGGUAUGCUGGGAUAAUGGGUUCCUGCUCUUCUCGGUUCCGCAAUAAUAUCUGUACUAAUGAUGAAGAUGUUUCACCAAAAGAUAUAUUGAGUUUCCUGAAACCAUUUUUAGUCGAGACUAGUCCCUGUGGAUGCAUACAAACAUCGGCCAACCAUGUGCAUCAGGCAAGCUCAAGAAUGAAUCUAGUUGCUGAGCUAUUACCUCAGCAGCCCAGCCAACUUGACUACCAACAUGGUUUUUUGAUGUGGAAAGGGGACUAUUCUCAUGACAAAGCUUGCAUCUCUGUACUGCUGAAACCCAACUUACAUACCACUUGAAUCAUUGAACAACUGAACACUUGUGAUCUUCUUCAACCCUAGGACGCGAUGAAUCGAUGUCAAGGUGCCAAAUGACUUCGUUGAUAAAGAGCUAUUGGGUGUGCUAUUUCGGUGGUUGAAGUGCUUGUUGGCAUUGCCUAAGUAAUGUCUUGCUCUGUUUGUGCGCUUCUCUCCGUCUAUUGAGUUCUGAAGAUUUUCUUAUAAUUGAGUCCACUUAAGGUUUCCUACUCCAUCUGCCUUGUUAUGUGCAAACGAAGUAUUUCAAUGAUGUCUUUCACCAUCCCAGCAAUCCCCAAGUCAGGUGUCGUUGCAAGUGCUUCAGAGCUGCUUGUUGAUAGCCAAUUGGCAUUGUGGUACGCUAAUUAUAACAAAAAAUGAUCUUUAUGGUCGGGAUUCAUGUGAAAGCGACGUUGAAGAAAUCAUCUGGUGAUUGGAUGGAUGCUUGCCUUUUUUGUUCUUAAUGCUUCUCUCAACUUAUACGUCAAAUGGGCAAGCAGUCUUCAUCGCCUGAAGUGUUGGAAGUUCCUCCAUUGUACUAAUAUUUAAAACAGAUACGUCAAAUGAGCAAGCAGUCUUCAUCACCUGAAGUGUUGGAAGUUCCUCCAUUGUACUAAUAUUUAUGACGGGAAGGUAACAGCUAAUCUGAGUUUCAGAAACACAUGUACGCACUGUUCAACUGAUUGUACCCAUCACGAACUCCAUAUCUACUGUGUUCAAAUUGGUCAGAAAACUUCCUAAAUAAAUUGAAUAGGAAUGUUGAAAGGUUAUUCAUGUGUUCUAGUUUUGAGUCCUUGAAUGCGAGCCAGUGAUGAUAGUGUCGAUGGCUACGCCUAAGCUGCACGUGUUGAUAAGCAGAGCAGAGGUUGUUCCUUGUGCUCUCUGAACUUGAUCCUUGGAGUAGAAUGAUGGUCUUAUGCUCUUUGAAGUUGAUUCUUCUUCUAUAUGCAAACCUGUCACAGAAUCGGAUACAACUCUCUCACAUCAGUUCUAUGAACAGUUUGUGUGGGAUUCACCUCACAUGAGAAAGCUUCGGUUCUGUGAUUGGUUUGUGUACGUAGACUUUUUCCUGCGCAUAUAUAGUUCUGUCCCUUUUGUUUCCUGUUGUACUUUUUUUUAAAAAAAAUAACUUCAGUGGUUGGUUUUGAGUC